GGGAGGCGGCCCUGAGGGAGAGCGGGAGAGACUGAUGUGGUGACGGGUUGUUGAAGGUUAACUCGGAAAUUUAGCGCGGCCCGAUUGUUUAGCGGAAGGUACGUUAAGGAGGUGGCUCGGGCCCGGGUGUUCCGGAGGUCGGAACGUUGGAAGCACCGCGGAGAAAGACGGGAAUCGUUCAGCCCCUGCGAGGGGCGCAGAAGGGGCGGCCCCGGGAGGGGGAGCGGGAUGGCACCGCGAGUCGGCGGGAAACCAAGGAAACCAAACCUUCGGCGAGGCCGAAGUGAGAACUGCUUCAGCUUCGAGCGAAGCGUCCCCAUGAACAUGGAAACAAUAGAAAUGGCUUACCGAGAAGAAGCUGAGGUACAAAUUUCAGAACUGGAUUUACUCUCCAGCAUGUUCCCUUAUGAGGAAGAGUUCAUUGUGACUGACCAGCUGGCUGUAGCAGAACUGAAGCACUAUGUUGAAAAUGAGUCUGCAGAGAUGCCAUCUUCAAAAGUUCAGUUUAUACUGAAUGUAAAGGCAGAGGUCUCUAAUGCCUCUAUGGCGGAAUUCUCUAUGGCCUGUGCCUUACCAUUUACAUAUCCAACUGUUCUACCAGAAAUUACUGUGAGGUCAUCAUUAUUAAGCCGCUCUCAGCAGAUUCACCUGAACUCUGAUCUCAAAUCGUAUUUGACAGAAAACUGCAGCGGUGAGCCCUGCAUGUUGAGUGCAAGGGAAUGGGUUAAAGACCAUGCAGCUGCUUACAUUGACAAAGAGCUUUCGUCUUCAGUGACAACAUCAGAUGCCACACAGUCAGAAGACAUCACGUUCACUCGACUGUGGAUCUACAGUCAUCACAUUUACAACAAGCAAAAAAGAAAGAACAUUAUUGACUGGGCCAAGGAGCUCGCCCUGUCAGGGUUUUGCAUGCCAGGGAAACCAGGUGUUGUUUGUGUAGAAGGUCUACAAAGUAGCUGUGAAGAGUUCUGGUCAAGAGUCAGAAGAUUAACAUGGAAAAGAAUUCUCAUCCGGCACAGAGAAGAUGUUUCUUUGGAAGGUGGAGGACACGCUGAGAUUCAGAAACAAAGAAAGUUCUCCACUUUGGAAGAAAAAUGUUUUGAUGCGCAUGGUGCCAGAGGAAAUCAUAUGGAUUUGGGGCAGCUAUAUCGGUUUUUAGAAGAAAAAGGAUGUGCUGACAUUUUUCAAAUGUACUUUGGGGUUGAAGGGCAUUGAAGGGGUUGAAGGUCGCCACGGGUCCAAGUGGUGAUCUCUGUAAGUUAAUCCUCAUAACAGAUUCCUUAGCUGUUCCGCAACAGUUGAUCAGGGAGGGAAUUAGUAAUUUGCAGUUUAUGUGAUAAAUCCAGUUUUCAGUGAAAACAGAUACUCGGUGAAAUCCUCAAUCAUGAAGAUGACUAAAUGAACUCUUUAUUACACUUUCUGGUUUUAAGGGCGUUUAGGGUACAUCCCUAAUUACAGUGAAAGAGAAUGUGUUUGAUAACCUACUGGGCAGUUAGAGAAUUAUAGAUGAACGAACAGAUGGACUCAUGGUAAACAAGUGAGAAAAUGAAGCAUGGCUGUCUCAGCAGAGGGAAAUGUGGUGAUUACAUUAUUUGUUGCUGUUUACAUACACUACAUGAAGACUUUUUUGUAACAAUCUUUUCUACUACUUUCUACCUGAAAGUAUAUUAAGCCAUGAGAUUAAUGUUUUAUUUACAAAAAAAAAAAAAAAAAGUGUGGGAGCAGGUUCACAAAAGCCACCUUCGUGCAAACAGGAGGAGCGGGGAUGCCCGCUCUAAGGCGUAAGGAUUUUCUGUAGGUAAAAAUUGUGUUUGGAGGUAGGAGAGAGGCUGUGGUGGCUCUGCUACCUCUGCAGCUGGGGGGUCUGGCCUGUUCACUCACGUACAAGGGAGGAGGGGGCUCCCUUACAGCACACUCCAAACCAGUAAAAUGAUUGCCUGGACUUGACGAAUUUGCGGUCGGCUAAUUCGAAGAGCGUUAGUCUGGGUUAUGGUUUUGACUCUGGUUUCGGCAAAGUUGUAUCAAUGAACGCUAGUUUGUUUCUUUGCUUAUGGAUCCUGUGUCUGAAUCACGUGUGCGUCACAAAAAGCAGAGGUGGGCUGCUUCUGAUGUUGAUUAAAUAUUUCUGCCUGGAUCCCCUGAAAUUCCUGACGUCCAGAUCUGCCGUACGGACUCGGGCGCCGUUUGCAGGGGCACUGUGCAGCCGUUCCGCUCCACCAGCGCGGCUUUGCCUCUGUUUGAAACUUUGCCCGACCGCUAAGCCCUCGUUCGUGUACAAGGAUACCGCGACUUAAAGGAGGACCCGGGACGGGCUUGCGGCCCCCGCGC